AUGAACCCAACAAAGGGUGAAUCGUUGACACGUAGACCACUAACUGCAGUUAAUACACAUGCAGUCGGGAUUUAGAAAAGGAAAAUGAGGAGCAUUACCCAAACGCGCAUCUCCCCCACUCUCUCUAUCCCUUUGCCCUUCUGUUUGAAGGAAUAGAAGACAAAUUUUCCCAGAAAGCAAACCAAAUUUAAUGUCCAUCAUAAAAUUCCCAAUCUAUGAACAUGGAAGUGAAUUAAUGGAAGUGGGUUUCCCUGCAAUUCGACGACAAAAGCCGGUGUGUGUAUAUAACCAUAUAUAAUUCUUCUUAAAUACUCGAUUUUUAUCCUUUUGUGUGCAUUCUUUUUCCGGUUCAUUCUAAUUUAUGUAAAAAGAAAUUCGGGUAUGAGAUCUGAAAUUGAGCGACGGCCCGUUUGAUAUUUUCUUGAAAAACGAAGAGGAUUAAUUGUCUUUUUGAAAGCCGAGAUGUGUUUGUUAUUCGUUGGGAUUUUCAUUCAUUGCUGUGAAUAGCCAGAUAGCAUUUUCGCCAUCCCGAUCUUCAUUUAUUGGGAAGUAUUGUUCUAUGUUCUUUGUGAAGGGUGGUUUUUUUAUAAUUAUUUAUUAUUAGAUAGAUACAAUACACAGAGGAGAUGGGUACGGUGGUGAACUGGUCGUGGAGUGAUGAAGAGAAGAGCAUGUUUGCGGCGGUGCUGGGAAGGAAGGCAUUUGAUUACCUGGUUUCGAGCUCUGUUUCUGCUCACUGCGCAUUAAUGGCGGUGGGAAAUGAUGAGAAUCUGCAGACGAAGCUCUCAGAUCUUGUGGAGAAUCCCAACUCCAGGAAUUUUAGUUGGAAUUACGCAAUCUUUUGGCAACUCUCUCGUUCUAUUAACUCAGGUGAACUGGUGCUAGGGUGGGGGGAUGGCUGUUGCAGGGAGCCAGGGGAAGGAGAGGAGGAGUGUGAAGCCAACCGAAUUAUGAACCUAAGGCGGUCCGAGGAGGAUGAGGUCCAGCAGAGGAUGAGGAAGGGCGUCCUCCAGAAGCUGCAUAUGAUGUUUGGGGAGGAAGAUGAAGAGAAUUACGCUUUUGGCUUGGAUCGGGUGACGGAUACUGAAAUGUUCUUUCUGGCCUCCAUGUACUUCUCAUUUCCAAAGGGAGAAGGUGGCCCGGGAAGGUGUUUUGGAUCAGGAAAGCAAUUUUGGUUAUCAGAUGCACUAUAUUCUCCAGUGGAAUACUGCGUUAGAUCAUUCCUUGCAAAGUCCGCCGGGAUGCAAACAAUCGUCUUGAUUCCUACUGAUUUAGGGGUUGUGGAGUUAGGGUCAGUCAGGUCAAUACAAGAGAGUUUCGACAUGCUGCACCCCAUCAAAGCUUACUUCCCUUCUUCUUCCUUUUCACUUUCCCCUUUUAGGGGGGUGGACGAGAAGAAGAAAGAUGAUCCGGAUGGGAUUCCGAAAAUAUUUGGUCAGGAUUUACAUUCUCAUAAAUUUGUUUUGGAAAAGGACCAUUGUGCUGGGAAUGGUGGUGGAGGGGGGUAUGUUAUCCCUAACGGCAGUGGGGUCGUUCCAUUCUUUGUCAAUACUACAAGAGGAAGAAAUGGCGUGACCAGUGGACUCCACGGUGCUCCUUGGCCUCCACCACCAGCAUUCAGUAGUAAUUUGAAGCCGGUGGUGGCUGUAGAGGAGAUGAUGAUGAUUGUGAACAGUGGUGGGGGUGGGCCUGCAAGAGAUGAAUUCUUCAGGUUGAAUAACAGUUAUCAACAACCACAACAACAACAGAAGCAAAUAGACUUUUGUCGAGGAGCAACCUCGACCAGGCCCACUGUUAUUACUGCUACUACUAAUGUUGUUGAGUCUGAGAAUAAUAAUUCGGAUAUUGAGGUUUCGUGCAAGGAGGAAGACAACCUACAGCAGCAACAGACAGGCCUAGGCCAACUACUUGAUGACAAGAGACCACGGAAAAGAGGGAGGAAACCUGCGAAUGGGAGGGAAGAGCCACUGAAUCACGUGGAGGCAGAGAGACAAAGGAGGGAAAAGCUGAACCAGCGUUUCUAUGCACUCAGAGCGGUGGUUCCUAACAUUUCCAAGAUGGACAAAGCGUCCCUACUUGGUGACGCCAUCGCUUACAUCACCGAACUGCAAAAGAAACUCAAGGACCUGGAACUUGAGAGAGAGGAGGGACUUCUUCUGCUAGGACGAGGCAGUUCUUCGUCGAGAGAGACCACUCCGAAUUUGGAUAUGAUGAUUCAGAACAACAUGAAUGUUGAAGCAGCCGCGGGGAACAAUGAAGUGGUUGUGAAGGUGAGCUGCCCUUUGGAAGCUCACCCACUCUCCAGAAUCAUCCGGGCCUUCAAUGAUGCCGAGAUCAGAGUUGUGGAAUCCAGUGUUGCUGCGGUGGCUGAUACCGUGUUUCACACUUUCGUUGUGAAGUCCUGCGGCUCUGAGCCGCUGACGAAGGACAAGUUGGUUGCUGCCUUUUCUUCAGAAUCAUCGUCUGUUGGUGGGGGGUUAUAACAAUAAAUAUUUUUUAUUUUUAUCUCAUCAGUUCACUUAGUUGUUUUCUUCCCCCGUUUUUAGGCUAAGAGUUGUAGUAAAGAGAAUGUUGUUUCAUGUGGUCCUUUAUGCAGAGGUUUUGAUUAUACACCCCCUACUUCAAGUCUUCAAGCCAAGCUAAAAAAUAGAUAAGAUAUUGACAAACAUCAAUGCAGCAAAUUUUCUGCACUUCUGAUAAGCAAUACAAUCAUGAAUCAUC